UGACAAAAUCAAGCGGCACCAGCUGAUUCGGGCGUGAGCGAUGCGAAUUAAUCUCUGCAUAAUGUAAAAAGACUCCAUAUUCCAAAUUCAUCAUGGCACACCCCGAGAGCAGGAUACCAGCCUGGCGGAGACUGGGCCUCGCCCUCAAGAACGAGGACCAAUCCGCAGUCACCGCGCCUGAACACCAUUCUUCCCACAGCGAGGAGCCCCAACACGCCGCAAAAGACACUCCAGACAAGUUCCAAUCACCAGUCGAGCCUGCUGUUAAUGGAAAAUCGUCAAAUCUUGGCAAGCGAAAACACCAAUCUGAGCCAGCUGAGGGUCAUGGCGAAAACUCCAAGAAGACCAGAACGGCCCGCGAAGAGGACGAAAAAACCAACGGAGUGCCCGACCUUGGUACUCCGACCAUUACCAAUUCAGGAAUCAAUGCAGUAGUGGAGUCUGGGACAGAGGGAUCACCAGCGACACAGACAGCACGUCCAAAGGGUGACUCAAAUUAUCGAAAGAAGAAAUCGAAGCCGCAGAAGCGCAGAAGAGAUGAUUACGAUGACGUUCAGGUUGAGCCUACGGUAACUCAUGCCCAAUCGAAGCAUGACCACUCUGUACAACCAGCUCUCUCACCUGACGAGCCAGUGUCUAUGAAUGGCCAACCAACUUUACUUGCGUCUACCGAAACAGAGUUGGCGCCAUUUGCAACACCGCAAAAGCACUUGACGUCCAACAAACACAAGAGCAAGCACCCUCCAGGCUCACCACCACAGACGGACCGUCGAAAGUCUGUUGCGUUCACUCCAGAUACGAAAACGACUGAUGGUAACACUGGCCAAGACCUGUUCAAGAAGUGGGUCGCCGAGCAAAAAGGCACAGGGCCCGUCUCUCAGCCGCCUGAAGUUUCCAAUUUCAACCUUCAUUCUUUAAUCGCCGAGGAAGAGAAGGCAGCGCGGAAGUCCGGACAGCUGGAGAAGAAGCAAACAACCGAGGAAGCCACCCCAAGAUCUGAUAACGUAGAGCAAAGCGGAUCGCCCGCCGAGAAAACAACAGCGAUAACAGUCAGCCAAACACCGCCAUCGCGUGACGAGAAGACUGCGACCCCGACCACAUCAAAAGGAAAGAAGAAGGAUCCAUCCAUUUACAUAUCGUAUCUCACUCAGUAUCACACCAAUCGCAACCACUGGAAGUUCAACAAAGCGAAGCAGAACGAUGUGGUAGAUAAUGCGCUAAACGUCUUCCGCAUACCAGACGAGCAUUCUGAUGCUUUAACCGAGUACGUGGCAGGAUUAAAAGGAGCAGGAGUGAUUGAGCGCCUGAAGGAGAGGUGCAAAGCAGCUUUGAAAGAACUGGACGAGCAAGACGCACAAAAUCCAAUACCAAUGGACGAUCCCGAAACUCGCAAGGCAGCCCAAGAAGAGGCGCUACAAGAACGUGUUACGAAGGAGAGGAAGCGAAGAAAAGUCGAGGGUGACGUCGAGAGUUUGCUUGAUCAUCCCAACGGUGACGGCUAUAUCCGACGGCUACAACGGAAGCGCGCCGAGGCUCUAUUGACGGCGCUUGGUCGCACAGCACCUGUAUUGCCAGCUGUUGCGCAAACAAACGGUUUCAAUCCCAUGUUGCAAAACCUUGCGCCUCCACCUCGGAGGGACUCGCAGAAACGAAAGCGAAGAGGUGAAGUUUCGAGUGAUUAAAGCAGCUCCGACAGCAGUAGCGACGAUGAGAGCUCAAGCUCGGAUUCGGAGGAUGGGAAUAGCGACAGCUCGGAUUCAGACUCCAAUGAUGACACUCUAGCAUCUGCCUCGAAGGCAUCCACUUCUCUACACUCGGACAGCGGGAAUGACAGUGAUAGCGAUUAGAAGGACGCUCGCAUCGCAGAAAUACCGCGACCUGGUCGCAAGACACGCCCACGGUGUAGGAGAGGGAGAACUUAGGCGUUUAGGUGCUCAAAGGUAGAUAGACCAUUAAUCACUGGGUAGGAAUCGAAAUAUUCAAGGCUACGUGGCCACGGUGCCUCUGUAAUAGCCCUACCAAAUGAGUCAAUCAAAC